AGUGCACGUACACCGUGCAGUGCACCCAUCUCACAGGCAGCAAACUAAAUCGAUCGUUUCACUUCAGACUUCGGGUUCUCAGCGAGAUUUGGUACAUCUGCCCAAAUUGGAAGUCAGCACAAUGGAGCGUAAGUCAAUGAAGCAAGCAAAUGGAGAAGUCCUGUCUGAUACACUCAAUGGAGGUAGCAUGAGUGAGCUCACCCAUGCUGUCCAGGCAAUUCAAAGCAGGGCAUCGUGGUGGGAUUUGUAUGGGGUUGACUGGUGUAUCAUUGCAUCAGGGUUUGCCCUGGUGCCCCCAGGUCUGUUGCUUCUUGGCUAUCCAACAUGGCCCCCCUUUGUUGUUGGUAUCCUGCUCAUGGGGUUCUUUUAUGGCAUGGUGAAAACCAAGAUGGCACACCUUGCUAUCCAUUCAGCUCUCUGUCGCUCCAAGAUUGCCAGUCACUUCUGGGAAGUUUUCUUUGUGGAGUUUCUGGGCUCAUUUUCCGCUGAGUUCUCCAAAAGCACUCAUGUUAAAAUUCACCAUCCUCACACCAAUAUCAUUGGGCUGGGUGACUCUAGUACCUGGCGAGUCCCAUUUCUGCCCUGCCUGAUCUACAUGUUUGUGGCACCCCUUUUCCUACCUCCUUUGUAUCCAGUUCUGGCAGUUGUUUUUCUCCUCCAGGAGGAGAAGGUGAAGAAGGCCGUACAGUGUGCUGUCGUGGUUACAUUAGGCCUUAUUGCCAACAUCUCCCUCCUAGUGUAUGUAUCAGGCCUAUCACUGACGACUGCUGUGCUUAGCCUGUUAUCAUCUCGUGCAGUCAUGGAGAUUCCCUACAUCCAUGUCAACAUUUUUCAGCACAUCGGCCUUUCCAUGUACCUCCCUGAGAACCGCCCACCUCGCCUGUACAUGAUGUCCUCGGGUGUCCUCAACCUAUCCCACAAUCUCCUGUUGGACUGGAAUUUUGGGCACUCACUCAUUGGUUGCCACAUCGAGCACCAUCUUUUCCCCAAGCUGUCUGACAACAUGUGUCUGAAGAUCCGGCCAAUUGUGAAGAAGUAUCUGCAGGAUCACAAGUUGCCCUACCAUGAGAAAGAAUACGUCAAUCGACUCAAGCUCUUUGUCAAGGAGUACAAAGCCUUAAUGGUCAAUGCACCUCCAAUCACUGAGUUUAUUGGAAUACAGUAGUAUCAAGCAUAAUUUCUUGUUCAUAUAUCAACCCCCCAUCAUUUUCAUCAUUGGACACUCUAUGUUUAAUUGGUAAAAUUAAGAGAAGAGGGAACAAGAUUUGUGUAAAAAAGCACAUAGAAUGCAAAACGCUGUUUUAUUCUUGAUCACUGCCUCUGGUUAUAGAUACAUGUAGGUGAUGGAUUUUAUCUAAACUUUAAUACAGUAUCAAAUUAUUUAAAGUGUGUAUUGUAUAUUGAAAACAUAAAUUUAUUUGAAAUGUAUAUGAAAGAAAUGGUUUGACCGUUCUUUGAAUUUUUCCAAGCUUACUUCUGCACACCAUGAUUGUUCUCAUGUUUACACAUGGCUUGAUUUUCCAGCUUAUUAAUCAAGCUACUCAUCAUUAAGGAUGAGACAAUGGGAGGGGGAGAUUUGAUAAAAAUAAGUCUGGGUUUUCCUUAAUGUAGCUUUGUUUAUAUCUCCAGCUAAUUAAAAGCAGGCUUUUUAAAUAAGCCUUUUGGUACAUGUCCUUAACUCCAGUCGUGCAAAACCUACAUGUAGCAGGAUAUCACAGUAGGCAAAUUCUGCUGGAUUUGAGUAAUGAGACCAAGAAUAUUUACUAUUUGAUUCUAUCUUUCGGGUUCUGUCGGACCAGGGAGGGGGCACCUUUUGAUGACUGGAUUCUAUCUUGUAAUCUGAUUUAUUUGGAAGGAUAUCUGAAGAAAACAAAGGAUACUUAAGAAAAAAGGGAGCUUCGGCUAUUGCAGUCUUUCCUUUCGUUAAAGCUUGCUGACAAAGACUUCUUGUAGUUUCUUGUAGUGUUGAAUUUGUUCAGUUGGUGUAAAUGCACUAACCUUACAUACCUAGUGUGGACUUGUGAACAAAAGAUGUCCACACAAUGCAGGAAAGGAAGAUGUUCUGUGGACUGACUUACAUUCACAAAAUGUUUCCCCUUCUAUGAAAAAGAAGUUUAGAGGUAUUGGGGGGUUUCACAUAUCUGUCGUAAAAGGAAGAGGAACAGUCAGGGAAACAUUUUACAAAAAUCCAGCUGAAAAUCAUGUUCCCGGAAAAAUGAGUAUUCCACUGAGUUUUCUUAACUACAUGAAAACAAAAGAAUGUCCAUUCUAGGUAUGUAACGUAAGUUGGCCUGAAUGGAUGAGUAUUUACUUCAGUUUUUCAGUUCUCUAGGUCAUGCUUUUUCAUGUCAUGGUACUGUUGCAUUGAAAUUUUCAUGUACAUGUACAUAAUCUUUUCAUAUAACUGCACAUGAAUCUGUUGACUCAGUAACAAAAUGCCAGCACAAUCAAUGUUUGCAUGUUUAUUUAAUGUCUGUUUGCCAUAUCUGCAAAGUGCAAAGUUCCUGCCAUUGUGUUCUUUAUCAACUGCUCUCUUACAGUGUGUGAUUAAAUUAAAGAUUUUGCUUGUUUUUCUUCUUUUUUUCCCCCAAAUCAACCACCUUCUUUGUCAUGUUUAUGGGGAAAAAUCAUCUCCCCAAACAUAUACAAUGCAUGUCAAAUUACACUGCAACAACUAUGCAAUUGUAGUGGCCCAUUUGUGAAUACACAUCACAUUUGAGUGUAAUUAGUCUGCAGAGGUGAUGUUUUACAAAUGUAGUAAUAUUACAAAAACUUUGGUUUAAUUAUGCAUGACAACACAAAUGUACAGAUAUGUUUCAAGCAACAUACCAUAUCAUAUCAACCUACAUGUACACAUAGAGCCGGCUCAUAGUUCAAUUGUUUCUUAAUCCUUACAAAUGAAAAUGUUGCAAUUUUACAUGUCUCAUUUUGAAGACUUUUUAUGUGCCUUUAAGUGUGUGUCUUUUCAGGAAAAGUACUUUAUUGCUUGUCUGAUUGUCAGUUUGUUUCAUGCACUGGAAGUAGACUGCCUGGAAUGAUCUGGCCAAUGUAAGAAUGCCAGUGUGUAUCAGAGAGCAAACAACUUAGCCCAUAUUGGUUUGUAUGAAUAGUUGUAAAUGCAUCAUCAGAGGAAUGUAGCUAACAAAAAUUGUGUUUCAUGGGAUGACUGAAAAUAUACAGUGAUUUGUCAAGAAAAAGUGGUUGUAAGGGUGGAUCGAUAGUGCCUCCCAAAAUAAUGAGAAAAAGAUGAAUUUCUGGUCUAUUACAUUUCUCUUCAUUCAAAAAGGUUGUAAAAAGCCCCAGAAUGCAUCCUCGACCCUCAGAAUGGCUGCAAAAGGUACAUGAAAAAAAAUUCCAAAUUUUGGGGCUCCCCCACCCCCAAAAGAUUUGGUUCAGGAUUGGACCUUUGUAAAGUAACUAUAAACCAAAGCACAUAUUCAUUCAUGUUGCAGCUGCAUUUUUGACACACUCUUUUAACUGAACAUAUCAAAAUUGUUCACAUAUACAUGCAGUUCCAAGGUGUUUCAAACUCUUUAAAUCUUUGCACAAGUGCAGGUAAUUUUUGUUCUUAGUGAGGGAAUUCAUAAACCCCAAUAGUCUUAAUUGAUGAAUGUCGGUCAUCAGUACAUUCACUGGACAGUUUUGAAGUCAACUCAUCUUAAGAUAUACCAUUGCAAGUCCUUUUUGGUCCAGUGUAAAUUUUGAAUGUUUAUCAGUGAAAGGGUUAGAUCAUCCAGAGAACUACCUAGGGUUAUAUGGAGAUUCUGAUCCAAAGUUCAGUGUACUUGUCAUUGAGAUCUUUAGGUUGAAUACAUUGUCAAACAUUCAUGGUACAUAGGUCAUUGUCUUUUACAGAGUAUCUGAUUUUAUGUAUUAUGAUGUAAUCUUAUGACUAAUAUUAAACUAGACAGAUUUACAUGUAUGUGUGUAGCUUGAAGUGCAGUUGACUUAAAGAUUUGGGUGUGUGGGGGAGUGUGUAAAGGCCAUCAAUCAUGCAAAAGUUUUUUAAAAAGUGGUAAUGUAAUGUUGAAUUGAUAUAUAUUCCCACUUGCCUGUACAUAAUACACGUACUUGCUGUUUAGAACCUUACACACCAAAGAACAUUAUGCAGUAACAGUGUGGUUGUAGUAUCGCUGAUGUGUACUAUUUAUGGAAGCACAAUAAAGUACACACAGAACAAUUCUGUUA